AUGUCAAGGGCAAGCUCUGUCCCAGGACAAUUGGAGUUGAAAGUUAGGAGGGUCGACGGAAAGUUGGUAAGGGCAAUAUUAGACACCGGAAGUCAGAAGAGUUACGUUUCACAAUACAUAGCUCAAACUUUGGGUUUGAAGAGCCUAGGAAAACAGAAGAUAACGCAUGGACUUUUUGGCGGGCCACAAAUGACUGAAAUAAACGUCGAUGAAAUUCAUAUUUUGUUGGGAGCGGACAUCGUAGGAAAACUAUUUACGGGUGAGAUUAAACAAGUAUCUAAAGGUCUCACAGCAGUAAAUACGAAAUUGGGAUGGACUGUUUUGGGGAAAUCGAACUCUGAAUCCACUUUUGAAACCAGAAAUUCAUUACUGGUACAAUCCUUGCUUACAAAUUAG